CGAUGAAACUCGCUGACCUAUGCUACUAUUGCUUCCAAUGCUACCACAGUAAUCCUGGGGCAAUUAUUGGCAGUUCAAUCUCCUGUCCUCCUACUUCUCAGGUGUUUUAGUGUUGGAUUGUUGUAAAGUAUUGUAUGUAAACAAUCAUAUGCAAGUUUCAUCGGCAUAUCCAUCAAUACCAACAGCUCCAGAUCUUCGAAUAAUCCUAUCCACUGUCUCCAGUUGCAUCGCGUCCUUUCUUUUUCAAUAUGUCGUACCCUAAAAGUGAAUAUAACGACCAUCACCUAGAGGGCUGCUCUUGUGGCCAAACUGAACGAUCAAGCUCGUACCCUCAGCAGGACUCCUACAGUGGGCAGCACUCUAGCAAUGGCCAUGAAGCCUUCUCUCCCUACGUUGGCACAAGCUCGUGUCACUACGGCUCUACACACAGAAUAGCCGUGCCCACAGAUACUCAUAGCCCCACCCCACCACCGUACGAAUUCCAGCAACUGCCUGGUGAAAAUGCCUCUUAUUAUCAAUAUACUCCUCCAUCUGACGGAGCGGAUUCGAGUCAUGCUUCUGAGAACAGAGAUGGUGAGAAGGGCCUCGGGUCUACCGUCACAGGCGGUGCAGCUGGAGGAUAUGCAGCCCAUCAGAUGGGUGGUGGGAAGUUGGCCACUGCAGGGGGUGCACUUUUGGGAGCUGUCGGCAUGAAUAUGGCGACACACAAGAUUAAACAAAACCAUGGCCAACAACAGCAGCAACAGCAACAGCAACAGCUACCUGCACAAACUGUUGUAGUCAUGCCAGCUCAAGGGGCGGCACCAAGCAAUGGUCUAGGUGGAGGUCUUGGCCUGGGUUCAGGAUUGGGUAUGGGUGGUGGCAUUGGGCUUGGUCGGGUUCAUCGCAAGCUUGCACGUCGCGGAAUUGGCAGGUACUAAUUGGCUCUUUGUGGUAUAAAUUCACUUUAAUAUUGUGGAGGGCUCCUAUUAGUCCUCCUUGCUAUAGUUCCAUCAGUAUGUGAGCACAAA